UGGUUAACUGCAUUUCUCCAUGCGGCAGACUGAGGAAAGCCACAAUGCUUUCUCUGCUGGAUUAAAGACAGCCCACAGACCAGAACUUCCACUAUACUAUUUAAAACUACAUAGGUGACUUGUCAGAUUCAAUUGAUCACUAUCAUAAGAAGAAAAAGAAGUUCAUUAUUACCGCUUGGCUUCAACGACCCAAAACAAAAAUGCAGCUGUCAUUAAAGUCACAGAUGAACAAACGUCUAUACUAAUUUUUAAAAAUCAAGAAUAAGGGCAGCAAGUUCCUGGAUUCACAUUAUCAACAGAUACAAAAAGACAAACCUUAUUUCAAAAUGAAGGCUUUUAUCUGGAUCCUAGGUACGCUAUUCUUCCUACUAAUGGGCACUGGACCCUGCAGAGGAGGACAGUUCAAAACAAAAAAAAUAACCCAGAGGAGAUACCCUCGUGCUGUAGACAGUAAAGAGGAAGCAAAGAAAUGUGCAUACACGUUUCUGGUACCUGAACAAAAAAUAACAGGGCCAAUUUGUGUCAACACCAAAGGGCAAGAUGCAGGUACCAUUAAAGACAUGAUCACCAGGAUGGACCUUGAAAACCUGAAGGAUGUGCUCUCCAGGCAGAAGAGGGAGAUAGAUGUCCUGCAACUGGUGGUGGAUGUGGAUGGAAACAUUGUGAAUGAGGUAAAGCUGCUGAGAAAAGAAAGCCGUAACAUGAACUCUCGUGUCACUCAACUCUAUAUGCAACUAUUGCAUGAGAUUAUACGGAAGAGGGAUAAUUCACUUGAACUUUCCCAGUUGGAAAAUAAAAUCCUCAACAUCACGACAGAAAUGUUGACAAUGGCAACAAGGUACCGGGAACUAGAGGUGAAAUAUGCUUCCUUGACUCAUCUUGUCAAUAAUCAGUCUGUGAUGAUCAAUUUGUUGGAGGAACAGUGCUUGAGGAUAUUUUCCCGACAAGACACCCACGUGUCUCCUCCUCUUGUUCAGGUUGUGCCACAACAUAUCCCUAACAGCCAUCAGUACACUCCUGGCCUACUGGGAGGUAAUGAGAUACCAAGGGAUCCAGUUUAUCCCAGAGAUUUAAUGCCACUACCUGAUCUGGCAACUUCUCCAACCAAAAGCCCUUUCAAGAUACCACCAGUAACUUUCAUCAAUGAAGGGCCAUUCAAAGACUGUCAACAAGCAAAAAAAGCCGGGCAUUCAGUCAGUGGGAUUUAUAUGAUUAAACCUGAAAACAGUAAUGGACCAAUGCAGCUAUGGUGUGAGAACAGUUUGGAUCCUGGAGGUUGGACAGUUAUUCAGAAAAGAACAGAUGGUUCUGUCAACUUCUUCAGAAAUUGGGAAAAUUAUAAGAAAGGUUUUGGAAACAUUGAUGGAGAAUACUGGCUUGGACUGGAAAAUAUCUAUAUGCUUAGCAAUCAAGAUAAUUACAAGUUACUAAUUGAAUUAGAAGACUGGAGUGCUAAAAAAGUCUAUGCAGAAUAUAGCAGCUUUCGUCUGGAACCUGAAAGUGAAUUCUACAGACUGCGCCUGGGAACCUACCAGGGAAAUGCAGGGGACUCUCUGAUGUGGCAUAAUGGUAAACAAUUCACAACACUGGACAGAGAUAAAGAUAUGUAUGCAGGAAACUGCGCCCACUUUCAUAAAGGAGGCUGGUGGUACAAUGCCUGUGCACAUUCUAACCUCAAUGGAGUAUGGUACAGAGGAGGCCAUUACAGAAGCAAGCACCAAGAUGGAAUUUUUUGGGCAGAGUACAGAGGUGGCUCAUAUUCCUUGAGGGCAGUUCAGAUGAUGAUCAAGCCUAUUGACUAAAGACAGACAGUCUCCAAUUUAAAUGACAUAGAACUCUGUAUUUUCCAGUUGCUGAAAAUGUAAAUGCUACAUGUACAUUAUUUGGUACAACUGACUUCUACAGAUAUAGUUUAAAAAAUAAAUUUUACUCUAACUGUAAAAGGGGAUCUACAAAUGAAGUUCCAUCUUCCUUCAAUAUACAGCAAAGAUUAUUUGUAUCCAUAAUUAAAAAUUAUAUAGACUAAAUAUAGGCAAAGUUUGUUUUCCAAAAUGUAAAUAUUUGUUACAAUGUCAAACAAAUCUUAGCUUUAUUUUAAAUCAAAACUGAAUACAUGUUCAAGAUACUUAACAAUUUAUUUAAAAACUUUAUAAGACUGCUCUAAUUUCCCAUGGGAAAAUGAUUUUAAGAUUUCAAUCAAGUAAGGCAUUUUAUUUAUAAAAGACAGGAAAUUAGAGAUAAAUCUCUAGUUUUACCAAUAGAAAAUAUGUUUUGCACUGAAUAAAAGUUAUUUCAAAUAGAAUUUGCACCUUUCACAUGAAAUUACUGAAUCUGAAUUCUUGACAAUCUAUAUUCUAUGCUGAUUUCCCAAAAGUAUUAAACAUACCAUUUUUAAAAAUAAAAAAUGCACAAAUAAUGUAUACAUUAUUUGAAUAUUCAAUUUAUAAAAUAGGAAUACAUGUAUGAUUAUCUUCAUAUGGUAUGCUGAACACCAAAAAUUUCCUGCAAUGCAUUUUAUGUAAGUCAUAAAAUCAGCAAAAUAUUAUUAUAAAAAAGGACAAUAUUUAGUGAGUCAAUGAUUUUAUAGAUCUAAAUUAUAAUUUGAAGCUUAUAUUUAUUAACACAUUUUUUUUCUAAUUUACUGGUCCUUCAUUAUUUGAAUGGGGAAAAAAAAACCUGUCUUCUAUUCAAGACAGAAAAACCUUUGACAACUUUACAAGUAUUACUGUAUACUUAGAGGUGGAACCAAAACAACUUCAGAAAUCAUCAUGUUUUCCCAAUAUUGAGAUUCAACAGCUUAAGAGCAGAAUCCCUGGGGGUUCGGCUAGUCCAAAAUGCUGAUUCCAUUUUACAGUGUAUGUGAUUAAUGCUUUGCCUCAUAAUGUCUUUAACUCAUCUUUGCAAUCAACAACUUUAUUGGAACUUUCUGUAACAAUUUUCUUCCAGCAACAUGUUCCUUCUUUGAGCUGAUGUUCCCUGAAUUCAUUUGUGAAACUAAAAAUGUUUGGAAAAAUCUCUUGGGACUUUUGCUCAAGCAAAAAGAAAAUCCACUGAGAACUAAAUGGUGUGAUAUGGAGACAGUAAUUUAAAACCUCAAGCCCUACAUGACCCAUGUUUUUCAUCUGCCAUAUCUCAAAAUAAAACUUCUGGUGAAAGCAGUUAAGAGAACACCAAA